CGGGAGAAUAUGUCGCAGGGCGUGAUGGGAAAUGUCAGGGUUGGAAAGAGGGCUUGGCCAAAAGGGCAGGAGCAUCGAGCCGGUGUGGGGGGGAGACCCUUGGGGGUCACGUGCAGCACUAGGUUUGCAGCCUGUCUCCUCCUCUUCUUUUUAGCUGCUGAACAAGAGUCUAGCAGGCAGAAAUCCGAGAUGUGCAAUUCUUAAAGCCUAAUAGUUUAAGAGCUAUGUUGACAAGGGAGAGUUCAGGAUCCCUGGUUCUUUAUACUACCGAGAUGCAGGGGUACUGAAUCAAUCAAUGCCUUGCUUGUAUUUGUGUGUUAUGUGCCGUCAAGCUGCAUCCAGUUUAUAGCGACCCUAACAGGGUAUCAAGAUCUCCCAGACCUACCUGUUCAACACCUGCUGUAGCCAUGGUGGUGGAAGUGUGCAGCUUCUUUGGGGUCUAUCUGCUUUACUGCACCAACCCCCGUUAUCACGGCCGGAUCUAUGUUGGCUUCACAGUCAAUCCAGAGCGACGUAUCAAUCAGCACAAUGCGGGAAAGCGGCGUGGCGGAGCUUGGAAGACAAGUGGCCGUGGGCCUUGGGACAUGGUGUUGAUCGUCCACGGUUUCCCAUCAGAUGUGGCUGCUUUGCGAUUUGAGUGGGCCUGGCAGCAUCCACACUCUUCUCGUCGCCUCACCCAUGUUACUCGGCGCACCUCCCGGGAACGUUCGUUCGACUUCCACUUGCGCGUCUUGGCCCACAUGCUCCAAGUUGCUCCUUGGUGCCGUUUGCCUCUCACGAUACGUUGGCUCAAGCAGGAAUACCGCCGAGAUUUCCCUCCAGGUUUGGAACCUCCUUUGCACAUGCCCGUGGCCUUUGGGCCAGUGCGAGCUGUCAAGGCCAAAGCGAAGCUGACACCUUCACAGGAACUGACCGCCACUCCAAGCUGCUGUAGUGUCUGUUUGGAAAAGUUCCAGGAUGGGGAUGAUGAUAUCCCUUUGCGUUGUUUUCAUCCCUACUGUACCAUGGCUGCUCAUAUUUUUUGCCUCUCUCGGCUUUUCCUGGAGAAAGAGCCACAUCAUUUCCUGCCCGUGGAAGGGCAGUGCCCAGGAUGCAAGAAUCUUGUGCUUUGGGGAGAUUUGAUCCGGCAUCAUAAAGGCUGUUAUGGUGACCUAGAGCCUGACCUCACCUCCUCCCAGGAUCAUUGGGCUAACGAACUGCAGACGUGAAGGAGCCUGUGCCUUUGCUUUCAAGAAGACCCUGUUCCCUUUCAGAAGAGUCUUCAGGAAUUCAAGCGUUGAUAGGGGACCAGCUCCUCUACCUUUUCUACCAGUCACAUUCCCUGUACUUAACCCUUUCUCAGCUGGACCUGGGAUCUUUAAAACUCCUGUCCCCAGAAUCAUGCAACAAAUGAAUGGAUGGAUUUUCUUAAAUGGAAUGAUAAAAUAAGAAAACAGCAAAUUGUGGAGAAUGUGGCGGGGGGUGGAAGACUGCUGGAUUCCCCUGGAAAAGGACAGAAUGAACAUUUGCUAGAUUGGGAUAGGCAAAGUGGGGUACCUAAAAUAUUCACUGUCAGUAAUCUUUGAUCACAGGCCUUUCUGGCUGGGACCUGGAGAUAAAACAGUGGAGGGGAUCAGAUUGCCUAUUUUAGCCUUUGUUUUUAAAUCUUAUUCUAUUUAAUAGCACAUAAAAAGUGUGUUGGUGCUUGUAUGGAACAUGGAAAAUCCUUGAAUUAAUAAUAGAUCUACAUUUUAUUCUAUUGCCCUUUUCGAAAAUAUUUGAAGCACUUAAUGUCGCAACUAUUUUUUACAAACCCUGCUCUUACGCUAGUGUCUUUGUACAGGAGAUGGGAGGACUGAGUAUUAUGGAGCUUCAUCCACUUCAUUACUUUCCAGCUGUGUGGGAUCACAAUUCUUGUAAUCCCACAGGCCACUACAUAGGUUAAUGAGAAUUGUAAUCCAGCACAUCCAGAAGGCACUAGAUUGGAUGAAACCUGCCAGAUGUUUUUAAAAGAAUUUAUGAAUGAGGUAAGAACUGAACCUGAGCAGAGUUCAGGAGAGUUACUGUUAUGAAUCACAAGUGCCAGAAUCCCCCAGCCAGCAUGAACAUGCUAGCUAGGGGAUUCUGGCACUUGUCAUCCAAAAAAGCAAUUUUUGUUAACUCUGAACCACAGAUGUCCUACCUCAGUUCUAGUCAAGUGAACAUAUUUGGGAAGAUGUGAAGCUGGGUUUCUGUUGUGCUUUAAAUUAGCAGAUCCCCUGGAACUGAGAUCUUCUCCAUUUGGGCUCUGUAUUCUCUAUCAUUGUACACAGGAAUGAGGAACCUUUGUUACUGCACUACAACUCCCAUUAUGUCUCACCAUUGGCUACUGUGACUAGGACUCAUGGGAGCCAAAGUACAUCAAUAUUUUAAGGUCACUCCUAUCAGCCCAGUUAACAAACCAGAUGAAGAGGAUUAGGAAUAUACAGAUGAUCAAAUGCAAAAAAUUUAAUAUGAACCCAAAUUAGCUGUGAUGACCAUUGUGAAGCAUCCCCUAGAUCGGCAAAUGCGCUAUGUCUCAUGUUUGAAAAUAACAAAAGAUGGAGGACAUCAGAUAUUUCAAAAAAAAAAAAAAGUUGGGAUUUCUCUAUUAGCUUUAAAUAUAAACAGUCUGCAUCUUCAAGUUAAAACAGAGGUUUUAAAAAAGCAAGAAACAUCCUCAAGAAAUAACAGCAGCUGUUGACAGGUUUUAUUAAAACAGGUAUAUUGUGUAUGUUUGAUAACUUAUGCAUUUUGCAGUCAAAGCUUGUAAGUGCAUAUAGGCAACAUUUACGAAAGAGGAAAAUAAAUUAUUACACAAGUA